UGUAUCCGGGCUCGGAGGCUCGGAGGCUCUAAGGCUGGGACUCCGCCGCGUCGCUGCUGCCUCGCCGCCGCCGCUCGCUGUCUCUUGAAGGCAAGAGGAAGCGAUGCGGAGGGGAGGAAAAUGGCAGAGCUGCAGAUGCUCCUAGAGGAAGAGAUCCCGUCCGGCAAGAGGGCGCUGAUCGAGAGUUACCAGAACCUGACCCGGGUGGCGGACUACUGUGAGAACAACUACAUACAGGCUCCAGACAAAAGGAAAGCACUAGAAGAGACCAAAGCCUACACCACCCAGUCCUUAGCUAGUGUUGCUUAUCAGAUAAAUGCAUUGGCCAACAAUGUGCUCCAACUACUGGACAUCCAAGCCUCUCAGCUUAGGAGAAUGGAGUCUUCCAUCAACCAUAUCUCCCAGACCGUGGACAUUCAUAAAGAAAAAGUGGCUCGGAGAGAGAUAGGCAUUUUGACAACAAAUAAGAAUACAUCCAGGACUCACAAAAUAAUAGCACCUGCAAAUAUGGAACGUCCUGUAAGGUACAUUCGAAAACCUAUAGACUAUACAGUAUUGGAUGAUGUGGGCCAUGGUGUUAAGUGGCUAAAAGCCAAGCAUGGAAAUAACCAGCCUGCAAGAACUGGCACACUGUCGAGAACAAAUCCACCUACACAGAAACCGCCAAGCCCUCCUAUGUCAGGCCGGGGAACAUUGGGGCGGAAUACUCCUUACAAAACCCUGGAACCUGUUAAACCCCCAACGGUUCCCAAUGAUUAUAUGACAAGUCCAGCCAGGCUUGGAAGUCAGCAUAGUCCAGGAAGGACAGCAUCUUUAAAUCAGAGACCAAGAACACACAGCGGUAGCAGUGGAGGAAGUGGAAGUCGAGAAAACAGUGGAGGCAGCAGUAUCGGCAUCCCCAUCGCCGUGCCUACGCCUUCACCACCAACCGUUGGGCCAGUGGCCCCGAGUUCAGCUCCUGGUUCCCAGUAUGGCACAAUGAGCAGGCAGAUUUCUCGACACAACUCAACUACUUCUUCGGCAUCUUCGGGUGGAUACAGACGAACUCCUUCUGUGACUGCUCAAUUUUCUGCUCAACCUCAUGUUAAUGGCGGUCCUCUUUAUUCUCAAAAUUCAAUUUCUAUUGCUCCACCCCCUCCCCCUAUGCCUCAGUUGACUCCACAGAUACCUCUCACAGGCUUCGUGGCCAGGGUGCAGGAAAACAUUGCUGAUAGCCCUACACCACCACCACCUCCUCCACCAGAUGAAAUUCCUAUGUUUGAUGAUUCUCCACCUCCUCCUCCACCACCCCCAGUUGAUUAUGAAGAUGAGGAGGCUGCAGUCGUUCAGUAUAAUGAUCCAUAUGCAGAUGGAGAUCCUGCCUGGGCCCCUAAGAGCUAUAUUGAGAAAGUUGUUGCUAUAUAUGAUUAUACAAAGGACAAGGAUGAUGAGCUGUCUUUUAUGGAGGGUGCAAUCAUUUAUGUUAUAAAGAAGAAUGAUGAUGGAUGGUAUGAAGGAGUCUGCAAUCGAGUGACUGGCUUGUUCCCUGGAAAUUACGUUGAAUCAAUCAUGCACUAUACUGAUUGAGAUUCUUUUGCUUUUCAAAUGGGAUCUUGUAUUCAAUCAUACUGUGGGACAACUAUAAUGGUGAACAGAUCUGUCUCACUGUUUUAGAAUGUGCCCAUUUUUUCAGGACAUGCUGUUUUAUCAGUAUGAUUGAAUGUUCAUUCAUGAGCAUAACUUUUGGGAGACAGUUUAUGUAUUGCUGAAGAGCAUUUUGUACAAAUAACUGUCUGUAAUAGGCUAUGCUUAUGUAUUUACUUAUGCAUUCUUAAUUUUAUGACCAGCCUAAAUAUUCUGGGGAAGUAGGGUUUAGUAUUUAAUGAAUCAUGAUUCCAAUUGUGCCAUUACAUUUUUCAGUGCAGCAUGGUAACUAACACUACGUUAGACUAACAUUAAGAAUCUGGAAGAAAAGUUUAAUGCUAGUGCUGGUCAUACUUUUGUUUAGUUUCUUGCUCAUUUUUGAACUAUACUAUUUGUUUAAAGCAUGCAUACAAACUUAUGUAUUGAAAUAUACUUCAAAAAAAAUCCAAGAUGCUUCCAAUUUGUUGUAAUCUUUACCUAGAGUACUCACACAGAAGUCUAUUAAAUUGUUGAGUCUCUAAGGUAUCCAUGUGAAACAAAACUGGGUGGUCUUCUGUAUGUUGUAAUUUGUACCUAAGUUUUUUUAAUGAGUGAAUUUGCAUUUUCACUUUUUCCAUUCAUAAAUACAUAAGUGAACCAAAGGUCUUGUCCUUUCCUUCAUUGGUUUGCUUUUUUAAAAAUAAAAGUAUGAAUUUAUUGCAGAAUAAUGCUUCUAUUUUCUCAGCACAUUCUCCAUGAACAAAAAAUUGGUGUAGGCCUUAUAUUAACUUGCCCUGACUUAGAAGAAAGUGACUUAUUUUGGAUAUUUUUCUAAAAUUUUCUUUCAAAGAUAAGAUAAUGUAUAAAAGGGAUCAGAUUAUUGUAAUUAAAAUUUAGACAAGAUUGUCUAAUUAUGGGGUCCAAUUUACUGCCAUAUACCAUUCCAUGAGUUUUACAGCUGCCUUUUUCAAUUAUUAUUGAUCAAAUGCUGGUUCAGUAUAAGGAAACCAGAGCACCAUUUACAAAUAACUUUUGUAAAAGUGGAUGCUAUUGACUUUUGUACUGGCGCUAUUAAAUCCAUUAUCUGGCUGUGGCAACCUAAAACACGAUAUAUAUAGUUGCUAUGUUAAUCAGUGAAAAUAGGGACCAUCCCCAAACUGGAGGCUUCAUUUGUCAUUAAAAGUAUCACGUCCA